AUGCUGACGGGCCAGAAGGUGCUGGGGCGCGGCGCGGGGAGCGGGGGGGUGGUCAGCUGGGCGCAGGUGCACGAGCUGCUGCGAGCCCUCGGCCCGCUGCUCCAUUUGGCGCGCAGCUGGCUCGUGCUACGAGACGCCUGCUCUCUUCCUGAAGACCACAGGGCGUGCCACAGACCACAGGGCGUGCAGCAGACCUCAGGACGUGCCACAGACCACAGGGCGUGCAGCAGACCUCAGGACGUGCCACAGACCUCAGGACUUGACACAGACAUCAGACCUCGCCAGGUGAGUGGACGUACCACAGACCUCAGGACGUGCCACAGACCACAGACCUCGCCAGGUGAGUGGACGUACCACAGACCUCAGGACGUGCUGAAGACCUCAGGACGUGCCACAGACCACAGGGCGUGCCACAGACCACAGGGCGUGCCACAGACCACAGGGCGUGCCACAGACCACAGACCUCGCCAGAUGGCGGCUCUUUUGAAGAAAAUUCUGGAUCUGUACACACACGUGAAUGAAGACCUGGCAGACCCCCGCACCAAGAACUGGAUGUUCCUGUCGUCUCCGUGGCAGGUUGUGGCGAUAGUGGCGCUGUACCUGUACUUCUGCCUGCGCCUGGGACCGCGGCUCAUGAGGCACCGGCCGCCCUUCGACGUCGACCGGCUCAUAGUCGCGUUCGACCUCUUCCAGAUCCUCACGUGCGGGUGGUUGACCGUCCAGGGUUUCCUCCACAUCCCGGGAAAGAUAAGAUUCUACUGUGAGCCCGUCGACUACUCGGACAACGAGAUCGCAGUCAGAAUAGCAGGAUAUGUUUGGGUUUACUUCAUGCUCAAGAUUAUGGAUCUACUGGACACGGUUUUUUUUGUGCUUCGCAAGAAAAGCAACCAGAUUACGUUUUUGCACGUCUAUCAUCAUGCUGGGAUGGUUUUGGGCGCCUAUGUUGGGGCUAAGUACUUACCAGGAGGUCAUUUUACUAUUUUCGGGCUCGUGAACUCGGUUGUGCAUACUGUGAUGUACACCUACUACCUUUUGACAAAUAUCAAUCCUGAGUACAAAAAAUCCAUUUGGUGGAAGAAGCACAUAACCCAACUACAAAUCGCUCAGUUCUUCCUGCUGCUGGUGCAGUACUUCCCCACGCUCUUCUGGGACGACUGCGCCGUCAACUUCCCGCUCAGGCUGCUCUUCACGGUGCAGCAGGUCUUCAUGAUCCUCAUGUUCUGGGACUUCUACAAGAAGGUCUACCUCACCAAGAGGGCCGGCGAGUAGAGGGGAGCCCCCUGCCAGGACAGGAGCCGCAUCGCACACGGCGCCGUCUACUGUUCCCCCGGGUCUGACGGAGUUCCUCCUGUCGGCAGCGGCGCGCUCGAGUCUCGGAGACGUCGGCCAAUCACGAGGAAGCAAACCGCCGUCGCGCAAGCGGUCAGGACUCUGCUUCGCCAACACCACCCGCCUGCCUUCCCCCUAGGAAUAGCAAUCCAUUCAUUUAUUUUUUAUUUAUUGACGUGACAACGUCUAAUAAAUCGAUGAAAGCCGGCUGCACGCGCUAAAAAGUGUCCCGUUGCGCACAUUGUCCCGUUACGAUGUGUCCCGUUACGCUCAUUGCACGCUUGCGCCGCGUCCAUCUCUCUUCCACUCGAUUGGAACAACCAUCGAUUUGACUUUUUUCGAGGCACUUUAAACUUGAAACACUCCCAUUCGUUUCCUACUUUUCCUAUCAUCGUCCUAUCCUUAACAGAAUAACACAGAUUGGAAGAAGUUAAACAGCAAACUUGUAUUAAUGUUAUAGUUAAAAUAAUCUCUUCGUUAAAGUAAUAAACAUAUUUGAAUUAAUGAGUGCAAAUAAAAGUAAAUUUAUCAGUUAAA